AUGCCCAAACACGAGAUGACCAAAUCAGAUUCUUCGCGAAUCCAGUCUUUAAUUACAGGUGGAGGCUAUCAGUAUUUGUCGUCAAAUGUUGUCUUCGAGAAGCUGUCAGACAGGAGCCCCAAAGACGCGCCGCUUCACCUAUGGCGAACCAACACGACCAUGCAGCAGAGCAAUGUCAAGGACAGUUCGAACAGCAGUGCCUUCUAUGAUCAUCUCCACGAAAACGGCGCUUCCAGAUUGCCCUACUCUCUUGCUUCCUACCAAAAGGCGACGGAGGGGACUGGUGGUCAGUUUGACCGCCUAGCGUUUGGCGGCUCCGCAUUUGGUGGCUCCGCACCCGUGCUAUAUAGGCUGCACCAGCCGGGUGACCAGCUCUCGUCUAAGCAGACUAUAGACAAAGUAGCGAAAGGUCGCUACUAUCAUGUCCAGUUUGUCCCCAAGGUCCGGUCGCGAGGGUUUGGUAUCGAGCCAGGCAUGGACGGCCUCAAAUAA